GAUUUGCUCUGCAGAGUAACUCUUUGUUGCUCUUGGUGGGAGCGCUGCAUUGUCCCGUGCAAGAGCCCCCCCUCCCCAGCCCAGGCUGCUGCUCCGGGAGCCCCCCCGAGCUGUGGCUGCAGCCGGGCGAAGUGAAUAUCCAGAAUUAGCAUCCUCCCCCCCGAGAUCCCCCAGUUUGCAAACCCCAACCUGCCCCGGACACCCGCCCCCCGGCCUGGGGAAGCAGAACUUCCACCAAAGGAGGGGGGACCCCGGACGAUCCCCGCUGAGCAGCCCCCUGCCCCCCAGUGAGGACACCCCUUGGAGCGAAGGCUGCAGAGUAACCACCAGCUUGUCCCAUCCUCCCAGGGCCCGGGGCAGGGAAAUGGCUGCAGUGAUACCGGCUCAGGGGUCGGUGGCCUUCGAGGAGGUGGCUGUGUAUUUCACCCAGGGGCAGGGGGCUCUGCUGGACCCCGCUCAGAGAGCCCUCUACAGGGACGUCAUGCAGGAGAAUUACGAGACGGUGACCUCGCUGGGAAACCCCGUUCCCAAACCUGAGUUGAUCACCCAGCUGGAACGAGGGGAAGAGCUGUGGGUCCCAGAUCUCCAGACCUCCGAGGAAGGGGAGAUCCCAAGAGGCUCCCGUAUGGCAGGUGAAGGUACAGUGAGUGAGAUCAAGGAAGAGAAUCCACAGCAGGAAUGUCCUGAGCAACAGGAACUGCAUAGGAUGUUAUCGGGAAGAUCGAAAGAGAAUUUUUCCCAGAGUGCUGAACAGGGAAAAGUCUGGGGGAAUCAGCCCAAGUCAGAGAGGCACAAAGGGAAAGAAGCGAGUAAAGCCGUUAAUUGUAGGAGAAGAUGCAGUAAUCCCAAGGAAACCACGGCCCAACAGAAAAUCCAGACAGAAGAGAGAAAGUACACGUGCAUUGAAUGUUGGAAAAGCUUCAGUCGUAGUUCAAACCUCAUUGCCCAUCAGAGAAUCCACACGGGAGAGAGACCCUUUAAAUGUACCGAGUGUGGGAAAAGCUUCAUUCAGAGAGUAAACCUCAUUUCUCAUCAGAGAAUCCAUACGGGAGAGAGACCCUAUAAAUGUACCGAGUGUGGGAAGAGCUUCAGUAAGAGAUCGCACCUGAAUACACACACUAUAAUCCACACGGGAGAGAGACCCUAUAAAUGUACCGAGUGUGGGAAAAGUUUCGGUCAGAGAUCACAGCUUAAUACGCACAAAAUAAUCCAUGCAGGAGACGCAUCCAUGAUAACCCACGCCAGAGAAAAACAUUAUACGUGCUUGGACUGUGGGGAGAACUUGAAGUGGAGCUCAGAACUGGUUACACAUCAGAGACUCCACACAGGAGAGAUCCCUUAUAAAUGCUUUGACUGUGGGAAAUGUUUCAUGCGGAGUUCAACCCUUAUCUUACAUCAGAGAAUCCACACAAGAGAGACACCCUAUCAGUGCCCCAGCUGCGGGGAAAGAUUCAGAUGGAGUACGCAGCUUGUGAAACAUCAGAUGCUCCACACGGGAGAAAGACCCUAUAAAUGCCCCGACUGUGGGAAAAGCUAUAGUGACAGCUCAUCCCUUAUUUCACAUCAGCGAACCCACACGGGAGAGAAGCCCUAUACCUGUGUGGACUGUGGGAAAAGUUUCAAUCAAAACUCAACCCUGAACAGACACAAGAGGCUCCACACGGGAGAAAAACCCUAUAAAUGCACUGAGUGUGGGAAAAGUUUCAGUCAGCGAUCAAACCUCAGUGUGCAUCAGCGACUCCACACAGGAGAGAAACCCUAUAAAUGCCCCGACUGCGGGAAAAGCUUCAAUCGGAGAUCAAACCUUAGCGUGCACAAGAAGCUCCACACAGGAGAGAAACCUUGAAUGGGGGAGACGCUACAACUGGGGUUCGGAUUUAUAUUAGGCCUCAGCAAAUCCAUGCAGGGAAGAUACCUCUUAAACAUCCUGAGCGUGGAAAAUACUUCAAGCAGAGUUAAUGGGCUUGUCUACCCUACAGAGCCUUGGCCAGGAUAGCUCGGAUGGCAGGGUCACCUAGUAGAUAAGCAGCGCAAGCCAACAGAAAUAUUCUGCCAACCUAGUUAAAAAGCCUUCCGGAAGGAGGUUAGCUAAACCCACAGACGCACUAGCUGCGUCUACACUCAAGAGUUUUGCCAGCAUGACGGGGGGGGGGGGGGAAGUGAUUCCCCCCCACACACACUCUUAGUUAUGCCAGGAAAACUUUGUAGCCUAGACAAAGCAGUUAUUGGACAACAGGAGAGAGAUUCUACCAGUGCCCUGACUAGGGCUGGCUACCAUGUAAAAAAAAAAAAAAAAAAAUCUGUUUCCUUGUUGCCACACAUAUUAGGGGCAUUUGGCUCCCAAGUGUCCAGCUGCCCAUCGCUGAGGUGAGGAUCUAGCAGCAGCUGGUCAGUGACCCUCUGGCUCUGCCUGGUCUAAGCAAACCCCAGGCAGAGGAGGAGAGGCCCCCAUCAGCCCCUCCUCCCUACUGCAGCCCUGGCAGCUGAGCUGAUGGGUCACAGGUGGGGGAAGGGAGAGAGAGAAACUCCUCCAGCUGCUCCCUCUGUCUGACUGAAGUUCCCCCCUCUCCCUUCCCUUCCCAGCCGGGAUCCCCCUGCCAUGGAGAUGAGGAGAAGGACACUUGGGCCAGGCCCCACCAUCACUCUAGACCCCUGGGUCCACCCCCCAUCUUCCACCAGCCCCUGGGCUGGGCUCCUCAGCUGACCUGGAGCUGUUCCCUUCAGGGUGAGUGUCCCUGGAGGGCUGGUAACUCCUCAUCUCCCCAAAUCUACAAGGGUGCUGGGCUCUGGGGGAUCAAAGGAUAAGAGAUCAAGGGGGAUGGGUUUUGGGAAUGGUGCUGGAGUAUUUAAAUAUUGGAGCUGGGAAGCAGGGGGAGCUGAGUGCUGGGGCUAUCAGGCAUUUGGGGAUCAUGGGAUAAGAGGAGGUGGAAGGGAUGGGGUUAGGGAGAUGAUUUCCCCUAUUAUUCAUGCCCCUGCUCUUUCUGCAAUGAAAAAUCGACAGGGCCUGCUUUCCCUAGUACCCCUUGUAGCAUCCCUAGAAAAGUCUAGAGACCUAGGAAUCCUCUCUCAGCUUUGCCACCCUCAGCCUCUGAGUGUUCUCUUAGAUUAGGAAGUGUGGACAGGGAUAGCUAGCGCAUUUCCUUCUGACCCUGGCCAAACUUUCACCCCAUUUUCUAAUCCAGACCCACACUGAGCUCGUUUAGCAGGGUGAGUGUUAGUCACCGAGUUCCUGCUUCGGGGACACAGUGCCUCAUCCCUAGUUCUUCUUAACUUGCUUCAGGUCGUCCCAAAGGCUUUUUUGUUUUUUAAUAAAACAGAACGACAUAACUGAAUAGAUUAUAAAUGGAUUCGGGCAGGGAUAGAAAAAUGGUUUGUGUUAGCCUCUGUGUUACUUGAGGGCAACCUGGUGAGACAGAGGGAUUCUCACCUUUCCCCAGGACCACUUCAUUCCCCUCUUCCCAGUUUUACCUUAAGAACGGCCACAUUGGGUCAGACCGAUGGACCAGCUAGCCCAGUAUCCUUUCUUCCAACAAUGGCUGACGCCAGAUGCUUCAGAGGGAAUGAACAGAAUGGGAAAAUUAUGGAGUGACCCAUCCCCAGUCAUCCAGUCCCAGCUCCUGGCCAUCAGAGGCUUAGGGACACCAAGAACGUGGGGUUGUGUCCCUGACCAUCUUGACUAAUAGCCAUUGAUGGACCUAGCCUUUUUAUCUAAUUCUUUUAUGAACCUCGUUACAGUUUUGGCCUUCACAACAUCACUCGGCAAUGAGUACCACAGGCUGACUGUGCGCUGUGUGAAGAAGUACUUCCUUUUGUUUGUUUUUAAACCUGAUGCCUAUUAAUUUAAUCAUUUCCCCCCUUAAUUUCAUGGACCUUCUGUCCAUGCCAUGGAGAAUUUAUCUUCCCUUUAUCCUACCCCUGUAUUUCCCAAAGUGGCACAUGACACACUGUUCUUAGGUCUCCAUGAUUAGGGAUUGCGCUCUGAUUACUUUGAUCCUAAAUCAGGACGGCUGGAGCUGAAAGCGUCACAGACUUGGACGGGGAAUUCGAAUAAAUCCCAGACACGGUAUGAUCAUUCUGAACCUAAGUCCCAGUUUCCAUCUGUUGGCAAAGAGGUUUGUGGAGUUUUGCCAGCCACGCUCAGUUUGUUUGCAAGUGGGAAGGGUUUUUUUUGUUGUGGUGGUGGUGUGGUUCUUUCCUUCUUUCUUUCUUUUCCCCCUUCGUUACAAUGGUGCUAAAAUUUUGAUACAAAACAUGCGGCACCAAGUGAAACAGGCAUGAGGCAGUUUACGGGAGAGCUCAGGUAAAGCUGUUCUUCUGCAGUUGAGUCAAAUACAACAUGCCCUGGAUUUCACUUGGUAGGAACAUGGAAGUGUACCAUAACCCGCCCCAUAGGAUGACCUGUUCUCUCUUUCCUGUUGGCCGUUUGGUCACAUGACAGGAUGUAGAGCAGAUUUACUGGGGGCUUCAUGAGGCAGCUGACCAGAUGCUAUUUAGGCCUUUCUUAUUUUAUCUUUUGCCAUUUUCCCAGGGGUGCUGGAACAAUUUUAUACGGGGAGGGAGAAGGUGCUGAGAGCCAUUGAGCCAGUUUAUAAACCCUGUAUAUGAUGGAAACCACUUCAGGCUAGCACCCCAAGUUCCAGCAUCUAGGCAUUUUCCCCAGCCUUUACCUUGAGAUGUUAGCCUUGUUUGAACAGGGAUCACAGUAAACAGCCGUUGGCGCAAACACUGACGGGCGAAUGUGAGAGUCGUUGUCCGAAAGGCAGAGGCUGAAACAGGGCAGGAAGUUACACUUGACCCCUGGCAGAGAUGUAAGAUACAGUCAGAUGGGGCAGGGUGGGAGGGGAGAGAGACACAGUCAGAAUCCUGCAGGGUUUGCUUUUGAGAUCCAGGCAGCCGAGGUGGCAUUCGGUGCACAGGGGCCAGCGAGACAAGACGGUGAAGCUAAAGGGCUCUGAAUGAGCCCUCCAAGGAAAUGAUGGGGUUGUCUCUUGAUUCCUAGGAGGCUGAGUGGAGCUGAGAAGAGAGGUAGGUUAGUCAGCUGGCCUGUUCUUUCCAAAAUCCAGGGUGAGCCCCAUCACCGAGGCCAGAGGCAACAAAGAACUGUGACCCAAGUGCCUUAAAUUUGAAAACAGAUGUAGGUAGACAGUUACAAGUGUAUACCCAGGGAUUUGCCUCAGCGUGCCCAGAUAGGAAUUUUUCUCUGCAAUUGCCAUCUUCGUGAUACUUGACCAAAGGGGUCUGUGUGCGGUUGUCGUGGUUAUUGCUGGAGGUACGUAUGGGAAAUGUUUUGAGGGUGUAGAAUAUUGCUCCUGGACAUGAAGUUGGUCACCUGGGGCGGGGUGGCUCUCGGAGCCAACUUGGCCUAGAGUGAGAACAGUUUACAUCUUCCAGCCCAGCCAAGUGCAGACAAGGCGCGGGCGUGGGCCUUUACAAAGCACAAAAGCGUCCACGAAAAAGACCUUGAACAGGGGACAAACUGGAGUUAACGAAACGCCCUGGGUCUCAAAAGAGAGACAAGGUCUGGCACUGCAUGAAAGUGAAAGAAGGCACAAGACGGUGUCCAUUCUGGAGGCGAUAGUCUGCCAGCAUGAGUGUCUCCAAGUGGAUUCCAGCUCUGGACGAGCGUUGUAUGGACUGACCAUUGAGUGAGAAAUGCUUUAGGAGAUGGGAAAGAAACUUGUUAAUAAGCAUAGUCUCGAGAUUGCUUUUGAUAUAUUCCCUUUGUUGUAACCAUACGUUUCCCAUCCUUAUACUCGCUUCUCUCUGAAUCUUCACCGUAAAGUUCUAGCAAAUAAACUUCUAUUUGGUGACA